GACCAGGAUAGAUCUCAGUGGGAGCAGGAGUGCAUUGCUGUCUGACUCCCAUCCUGGGAGCCAAUGGUUGAGGAGAGUGCCAGCAAACCCUGUGCUCUGGGUUUGUAGAAACUCCGAGCCACUUCUCCUGGAAGGAGAGUUACUACCGCUCAGCCAUGUCCCAGAGCUCCCAGCCCAGGGAGUUCCUCAGCCCAGAGGUGAUCCAGCAUAUCUGGGACUUCCUGGAACAGCCAAUAUGCUCAGUUCAGCCAAUUGAUUUGAACUUCAUUGAUGACCCAUCUGAAAAUGGCCCUACAAACAAGAUAGAGAUCAGCAUGGAUUGUGUCCGUCUGCAAGAUACGGAGCUGAGUGACCCAAUGUGGCCGCAGUACACGAACCUGGGGCUCCUAAACAGCAUGGACCAGCAGAUCCAGAAUGGCUCUUCCUCCACCAGCCCCUACAACACGGAGCACGCGCAGAACAGCGUCACGGCCCCCUCGCCUUACGCCCAGCCCAGCUCCACUUUUGAUGCCCUCUCGCCCUCCCCAGCCAUCCCUUCCAACACAGACUACCCGGGACCUCACAGCUUCGAUGUAUCAUUUCAACAGUCCAGCACAGCAAAGUCUGCAACGUGGACGUAUUCCACCGAACUGAAGAAGCUGUACUGCCAGAUUGCCAAGACAUGUCCCAUUCAGAUCAAAGUGAUGACCCCACCACCGCAGGGAGCUGUCAUCCGGGCUAUGCCGGUCUACAAGAAAGCAGAGCACGUCACCGAAGUGGUCAAACGCUGCCCGAACCACGAGCUGAGCCGGGAGUUCAACGAGGGGCAGAUCGCACCUCCUAGCCACCUGAUCAGGGUGGAAGGAAACAGCCAUGCCCAGUAUGUAGAAGACCCCAUCACUGGGAGACAGAGUGUGCUGGUCCCCUAUGAGCCACCCCAGGUUGGUACAGAGUUCACAACAGUCUUGUACAACUUCAUGUGUAACAGUAGCUGUGUAGGAGGGAUGAACCGUCGCCCAAUUCUCAUCAUUGUCACACUGGAAACCAGAGAUGGACAAGUCUUGGGCCGCCGAUGUUUUGAAGCUCGCAUUUGUGCUUGUCCAGGCAGAGACCGCAAAGCAGAUGAGGACAGCAUCCGCAAGCAGCAAGUUUCUGACAGCACAAAGAAUGGUGAUGGUACGAAACGCCCUUUUCGACAAGGAACUCAUGGCAUACAGAUGACUUCUAUCAAAAAAAGACGUUCUCCAGAUGAUGAGCUCUUAUACUUGCCGGUGAGGGGACGAGAAACGUAUGAAAUGCUACUGAAGAUCAAAGAGUCCCUGGAACUUAUGCAGUACCUUCCUCAGCACACAAUUGAGACUUACCGGCAGCAGCAGCAACAGCAGCACCAGCACUUGCUCCAGAAGCAUCUCCUUUCGGCCUGCUUCAGGAGUGAACUCGUGGACUCAAGGAGAGACUCUCCCAAACAGACCGAUACCAUCCUAAAACAUUCCAGCCCCCCAAAACCAUCAGUAUACCCAUAAACGGAGCUGGCGGGCUGGCUUUGCCCAGCUCGUGGGACUAGGAGCAGUGGGGCAAAUAUGCAGCCUGAUAGCAACAGAGUACAUAGUGAGAGUAAUCUCCUGAAGGGACUCAAACUUUGCCAAAACAACAGACGCUUCUACAGAUCUCUUAGCUGUAGCCGAUGGCACUGGGAGGUCUGGAACCAUGAUGUUGUCUUUCUCGGUGUAACUUUUUGUUCUUGUUUUUGUAAUCUCUUUCCUGUUAACUUCUGUAUUUGUGAAACUCAGUAGGGUUUCUCUGAGCAGGUCUCAAUUUUAAAAUGCCUUGUCUUGUAUAAAUUUUAAAAAGUAUUCAUGGGCUGGGUGGGGAUAGGAGGAGGGCGGGAUGUUUUCAAGUCUGUGGUAAUCUGUUAGGCCUGUUUUAAUGCCAUUUAUGCAGUAAUGGUGCAAUUAGCUGAAGUAUCUGUACUGCUGGACAGAGGGAGGUAGUAACUACAUUGGCACUAAUUAAGUCAUUUUUCCCCUUUAGAAGUACCCUCUAGUUUGGUGUUAUGAAUUGUUUCCCUCUAUUUCUAAUAAUAAAAGGUCUGAUCUAGAACAGAUAAAAAUUACAGGGAGGACUGGAUGACUCUGUCAGACUUAGCACGAAACUUCUGGGCUUAGUCCAGAUGUGCUGAAUUAGAAAGCUCCUUCCUGGCUCUUGUGAGCUCAGUCCAAGUGCGCAAGGUGAAGGUGGAGUCUUGCUGUGUAAUGACAUCCAUGUGUACCCAGUGUCCCUGUCCCUUUGUGGCUGAGGGUGUAGAGGGCAGUCUGCCCAAAUCUGCUCAUUGCCCAACCUGUGGAAAGCUUGCCAGAAGGUCAGAGCUCGCCCCUUUCCGUGUGGACUUCAAGCAGUUACUAGAUGUUCUUUUGUAGUAUUCAUUAAGCUUACUACAUGGUACCCUUUGCUACAGUCUGCAGCUCAAAGGAGAGCAGUGCCAGCAUCUGUUAGAGAUGGCUCAGCCUGCUCGCCUUAAGCCAUGCCCACUUUAUCCAGUAAUCCUGCAAUCAGUAGCCACUGUUUUCAUUUAGUGUGUCCAUAAAGUGGACAGGCUUAGCAAUUCCUGCACAGGAGACCCUUUUUCAACAAGGACUUGUAAACCUUCAGACUGCUUGUGUCAAAUCUACCUCUGAAAGGUGUUUGAAUGGGACUUGACAGGGUUUGUGUCCUUUAGAAGCUUCAUGUCUAAGUGCCAAACCCAGAUCAUCACAAAGGAAGAAUGAUGAACGGGCAAGUAAAACAUGCCAUGGAUUUAAACUGGCAUUGCUGAAUGUGGCUCUGGGAGCAGGUACUGGAGAUGAGAGAGGAGCUGUGGAGAUGCCUGCUGUGGCUUAUCUUUACAUUAAAAAUGGCCCCUAAUGCUGAUAGAAACGUGUCCUUCAGCCCACGUUCUCAGGCAGUAGCAUCUCAUCUGGGGAACCCUCUGGUGUUCAUGGCUGUGGAAAGUAGAAAUGUGGAGGAAAAAAAAGCUUCCUGAGGGGUGCACUGGGAAAGGAGUUUCCUGCACGCUGAUGUUUGUCCACAUCAGUGGUGGUCAUGGAGCAGAGCUUGGAUGCAGGUGCCAGGGACCAGCUGCCCAAGGGAACUGUGAGCUGGGGGCUGAAUCAGUACUAAUGGGGACCUGUGUUCCUGCAGCUCUGCACUGGAUUUACUUGAGGCAGGUGCAUACCCACCACUGAUACAGUUCUGGUUAGGCACAGCCUGAAGAAAAGAUGCCUUUCAAAUGCAGAGCAGGGCUCCUGGCCACCCACAAAGAAAGAGAAGGCCUGAUGCAGUGGGAGAUCGCUUAUCUCUGAGCAUCUCAUCAUCUGCUUCCAGGCAGCCGAGCUGUGAUCUAAGCAGGUGAUGACUCGCUCCAAAAUCUCUUUUAAGAGCUGUAUUCCAUCUCUGGAUAUCUCCUUUGUUGUCUUAAUGAGCCUUCUUCUACCAUAAGAGUGUGGGGGAGAGCUGAUGCAGAAGAGCCCCAAAAAAGUGAUUAAAUAUAAAUAAUAACUAAACACCAGCAGUGACUAUUCAUACAGUUGCACUUCUACCAUUGUUCCUUAUAUAAAAUCAGUCAAAUCAAGUGCCUCUUCACUUUGUCUGAGAACUCCAGGAAGUACUUCAAGAUCACAGAAAAGAUAACUUUUGCUCUGUGCCUAUUUAUUUGGUGCAAGAAAGGCACCAGUUAGCUCUCACACAGGGAAAGGAUCUGAACUGCAAAUGCAGCCCAAAUGUGGGAAUGGCCUUAGCAAUGUUGGUCUGUCGUUCCAAGACAGGUUCGUUACAUUGGUUCUGCCAGCCUAUGAAUGGCAAUGUGGAAACACUGGGAUGAGGUAAAUGCUGGGAUGGGAGUACCUAAUGCGUAGCAAGAGCUCUGCUUUAAGGCCUGCCUGCUAGCAAGUUUGAGGAGGCGAACCAUCAGAAGGUAUGAGGUACUCACAGCCUGCCAUCAGGAGAUCCCAGCUCAUGCUCCAUUCAUUGUUUGGUCUGGCCCGUGGGAAGACUCCUGCACCACUGUGGGCAAUACAAAUACAGUGCCUGGGACUCGCACGAAACAAGGAAGUGAAUUAGUUGGAUCCCACUGUCCUCUGGAAAGGCUCUCCUGUUUGUACUCCUUAGAAGAGGAUCACUGUGAAGAUGGUCUUAAUGGUGACUCGAUUUGCUCUCCAGCUACGAGGUGAUUAUCUUAGAAGGUGCAGCUUUUUCCAUCAUAAUGCCUGGAACUGGAAGUAGUUGAAAUCACUUCUCUGUCUGUCCUCUGCAGCUAAACAAAAGAACAAAACCCUUUUCCAAGCCAGCUGUCUUUUUGAUUUUUUUCAUCUUUUACUUCAGAAAAGUAAGCCUUUCAAGGAAUAACCAGUUAAUACUGGGCCUUGUCAGUCAGGUCAGGUUAGUCUUUGUCAACUAGUUAAUGGAUAUCCACUUACAGCUGUAUUCCUUGAAGAGCAUAUUGCAUCCAUUGCUUACAUUGGGAAAUUCCCAAACUUGAAAUCUAAAGGGAAUUACUAGCUCCACCCUUGUCCGUGUUGUAGCUGCUGUCUACCUUGUGACAGAGCUUCUCCUUUCCAUGCCCUCAGUUGGUUACCAAGCAUGCAAACCAGUUUUGUGGUUGAAAAGAUGUGCUAUUGGUUGCUCUAGAACUGCACUUUUUUGAGAUUUGAGAAGCAAGGGUAUCUGCUUUGUAGUGUUUCAUGAGCCUUGUAAAUGGGAGAGUGCAAAUGAGCAUCUGUGUUAUUUGUGUCACUAUUAGACAUGUUGACAUCCCAAGGUUAUGCAACCCAGUGGGGGAUCCCUACUUGAAAAAAAAAAUGUUAUUGGGCACACAAACCAUAUAUGAAUUUGGGGUGUAAUUCUUCUGUCCUUGAUGUGGUCAACAUAAGGAAAAGCAGGCCCAGAACUGGGCAACCUCAACUACAGUCUCUGCAUUGUGAAUAGCUCUUCAGGGACAGCAAAUUGUAGGUACUGGGGCUGGGGUGAAUUCUUACUCUCCAACUCUGAGCUGUCCUUCUCUUGCACUUACUGAAACUUUGUCAUUUACAUUAAUGCUGCUUACCUUAUGGUGUGCUUAUCUAAAGUUGGUGAGGACUCCUAGGACCUGUCUACUGAAUCAGAUAAUUGGUCUAUCCAAGCAGUUUCCUACCUCUGGUAAAGGGCUGAUAACCACUGAGCUGGGAAAACACAGAAUUAUAUAAGGUAACCUGUGAACUGAACUGUGCUUAAUAUGUGGGAGAGUAAGUUCCUUCCUGACCUCUUGAGAUGAUCAGUAUAUGCCUUGAAGCAUGAGAGUUGAUUGCCCUCAUAUGAGCUUGCAUAACUACAAACCUUACUGGAUAAAUAAUUACCUUGCCACUUGAAGAGAGAAAAAUCGGUUGCAGAAUGUGACUCAGUGCCUUUUGUAUCAGACUGUUCCAAGAAGUAUAAUAGUCUCUUAAUUGAAGUCCUUAUACCUUGAUAUUAAAAUGCAUUUCAUUGGCGUUGAUAUCAAAGAAAUGUUAAUGCUCCUACUUCUAAUCUUUCUUGAGAUGUAGUAAGUGUGAUUUUAAUGAAAAUCACUGUGCAUGACAUUCUUAUAAUAUCUAUUUUUAAAAAAAAGAAAAAAGCAAUAUAUGAAUCCACAAACACCAUGUAGUCUGUGUGUUUAAUACCAAAAACAUUUUCUUGUGUUUCUAAGGCUAUUGCUAUAUUGAUGUGUGACGUUAAUUUUGAAUAAAAUUU